AUGCAGCCCCUCGUCGAGCUCCUCGUUUCCAUCCUCCUUAUUGCUUUCCUCCCGUUCCUCUCCCGAAUUCAGUCGGUCAAGGCUCCCUCUAGCCUACAACACACCACUGCGACUGCACUUGGGCUGUUUGUCGACAAUAGCAAGAAGGAGGAAGAAGGAGAGGGAACUACGGACAUCAUUAAUCCUAACAUUGCUGAGAUAUCUGCAAAGUACUUCCCACUGCAUAACAGAGGGAACAACGCUUUCGAUCUUAUGUAUCUUCUUGACUGUUGGGGUAUUGGCUGGAGGAUCAUACGACAGAACUGGAUUGGAAAGGAACCUGAGUCCUAUUGGAUUGUUACAAGGGUCAAGAUGACGAAUAGAAACAGAAGGAUAUGGGGUAAAUUCAUAUGGAAAGGCCAAAUGCAGAACGAAGGAAAGGAGAUGCAGAUUAUUGGUGCCCACAAGAGGCUGUGGCGUCUCAAGGAGCCUGACCCAUCAGCAUCGUCGCUCAGGCCUACGGAUGCGAUCCCGCCGGAGACAGAAAGAGCCCUGAUUGAGGUGAUUCGACCGAGCUUCUUCGCCAAGAACUAUGUGCCGCCCAGUGAUGAUGAGGAAAGAAAGACGAGACAUGUUAAGGUGAAGAAGAGCCAGGACGACGACGAUUAGGAGAAGCAGGGAGGGUAAAAAAAUGGGAUUUGCACGAUAUCAUAUCAGGCGCGUGCACGUCCGUUGAUGAGACAAGACCAGCACCGAGUUUUCGCUGUGAAUCUGCUAGGAAUCUUGUUUGGACGUUUUCAUUAUUUGUUUUCUCCCCAUGGACAUUGGAAUGAAGCAGAAUAAUACCUCG